UAUUGCGUUUUCUUAUGUGUGUCGUACCUCGUGCGUCAUCACAGAUGCGCAAAAAGCUCAGUCGCUGCUAAAAGGCGUGCUGCCUUCACGUUCUCCUCGCAAUAAACGCACGUGUUUUUCACUUCCUAGAGGUGGCAUUGAGCUGAAAGAGGGCAACCCCCCACUCUUUUAAGAGAUAUAGUGUUUGAUAACCUUUAAACGAUUUUGAUUCUUACGAGUGUCUAGGAUAAAGAUAAGCCACUUUCUUUUGUGGUUUUGUUCAGAAGUACCACAGUACCUGAACGCAACGGCAAUAGCACAUUUCUCAGUCGGUUGGCGGUGGAGCACCAGCAGCCUCGCGGUGACAUCGACUGCUGCUCACCGACGGAAGGAACAGCCAACGCGGCUACAAGAGCUUCGUAGUACCGGGCCAGCUUCCAGCAACCAACGUAGAGCGCCUCGUUGUGCAACUGAGCCAUGGUGGAGUACUACCAGAUCCUUGGAGUACAAAAAGGUGCAACGCAAGCUGACAUAAAAAAAGCGUACAGAAAACAGGCCCUGAAAUGGCAUCCGGACAAGAACCCCGAGAACAAGGAGGAAGCCGAGAAGAGGUUCAAAGAUAUUGCCGAGGCUUACGAGGUGCUCUCAGAUGAGAACAAGAGGAAUAUUUAUGACAAAUAUGGCAAACAAGGGCUGUCUGCAGGAGGAGGAGGCGGUGGUGGAGGAGGAGGAAGCCACAACAAUCACUUUGGCGGCUUCGGCUUCACAUUCCGAAACCCCGAAGAUGUCUUCCGGGAAUUCUUUGGUGGCAGAGAUCCCUUUGCAGAUUUUUUCACCAACGACCCACUCAACGAGUUUGUCGGGCACACUCGCCACAGGGGGGCGACUCGAACACGGACGGGCGGCAGCGGACUCUUGGAUUUCGGGGGCUUCCCUUUCGACUCAGGUUUUAAUGCAUUCGGCGACAUGGGCAGCGGUUUCACCUCCUUCAGCUCGUCGUUCGGCAGCAGCGGCGGAGGAGGAAUGGGCAACUUUAAAUCGGUGUCUACUUCAACGAAGUUCAUUAACGGCAAAAAAAUCACUACCAAACGGACGGUGGAGAACGGACAGGAACGCGUGGAAGUGGAGGAGGACGGCCAGCUCAAGUCGUUAACAGUUAACGAUGUGGCGUCAGAUGACGACGAGCAUCGCCGCCGCAGACACAAUCAACUACCUGCGCCCGGCUGGAAUCACCAGCGCUACCUCAGAAACUCGGCUCAGAACUUUGCGGCCGAAGAUGACGAGGAUGAGGAGGGAGGAGAAUAUGGACUUAGCAGAGGUCACACGGACUCCAAGAGAAAGAAACUCUGGCUGAAAGAGUCAAGACGAAGACGAGCGCCACCGCCGCCUCCGCGGUUCUUUUUCCCGCCUUUCGGUGGUUUCGGCCCUUUUUUCUAAAUUGAUUACCAUUUGCGAAUUUUAUAAUGUUUGAAAAUGUUCACGUCAUCAACAUGUCCAAAGCAGAUUAGAUGUUUGUUUACAUUUUGCAGCACAUGUCCUAAAACCCUGAAACAAAAAGUGAUUUGUCAAGACGAGUCCCGCUCAAUGUAUUUGACGGGUUUUGCUUUCAUAAAGGGGGAUUAUUAUUUUUUUAACUCAUUGCCUGCCAUUGAAGACAAUAAAUGUCAAUAAAUUCUAACUGGGAGGGCUGCUAGUCAAUGGAAAUGAACGUAUGGAGAAAAAAAAAUUGGGUUUCAGUAGGGCUGAAGUCAGGGGAUGAUGACAGAGUUGGGAACGGAGACCUGACGAGCCAUAGUGGAAAGAAAAGUACAAAUAGGCUACUUUGUUACUGUAGGAAACUAUUCACUGACGACGAUAGACACCCAAUCGAUUUUGACUGGAAUGGACGUCUAUCGCGAUCCAUUAACAGGCAGCCAUCCCAGUUAGGCUUUGUUCAGACUGGCAGCCAAAAUCAGAUUUUUAGCCCAUCCAAAUUGAAACUGGAUAGCUCUUUUGUAGUCUGAACAGUCACAAAGCACAGAAAUCGGAUUUUUGCCAGACGGAUUGAAACCACCCCCCGUAUGUGGUUUCAAUCAGAUAUGGACAAGCUGCGUCUCAGGGGCCGUCUACAUGGUGACGCUCUGAAAAAACUAACAGAGCACGACCUUUUUGAGAAAAAAUGUACUUCUAAGAGUAGUUUUACUAAGCUAUACAUUUUACUUUUACUUGAGUAGAUUUGUGAAGUUACUUUUACUCUGCUACUUUGGGCAAUACUAAUUGUUUCAUUUUCCCUCUUUAUUCUACAUAUUAUAUUUUCCUUUUUUUUUUUUUUUGGCCAGGCGUCAGCAUUGGCACUAACAAUUUCGCGAAUGAGAUGUCGCAACAAUAAUCACAUGA